GCGGAAGGAGCACGUGAGUGUAGAUCGGCGGACAGGGGCGUCCAUCCCUCUGAGAAUGUCAGUGAGUGGCCGUGGGACCCGCCUCGCCGGGUGCUGCUUUGUUUGACCUCGGUCGCUCGGCCGCUUGCCUUCCUUGCAAACCAAAGUGCUCCGAAUUCAAAAUCUCUGUCGGCCAGCCAGACCCUCUGACCCAGAAGAUCACCAGACGAGGGGGUUACCAAAACAAUGGUGCUCCUCCUCCUCCUGCUCCUCGUCGCCGUCGCCUCCUCCUCCCUAUCCCAUGAUGGCGUCGUCGUCGCCGACGUGCCGCCGUCCAACAAGCUGAUCUUCAUCCUGGCGGGGCAAUCCAACAUGGCCGGCCGCGGCGGGGUGGUGGCGAACCGCUGGGACGGCGUGGUGCCGGGCGACUGCGCGCCGUCCCCCGCGGUGCUCCGCCUCUCGCCCGACCUGCGCUGGGAGGAGGCGCGGGAGCCGCUGCACGCGGGAAUCGACGCCGACCACCACGCCGUCGGGGUCGGGCCCGGGAUGGCGUUCGCCAACGCGCUGCUGCGGUCGGGCCACGCGGGGAGCCCCGUGGUGGGGCUCGUCCCCUGCGCCGUCGGGGGCACGCGGAUGGCCCAGUGGGGCAAGGGCACCGACCUCUACGCCGAGAUGCUGCGCCGCGCCAGGGUCGCCGUCGAGACCGGGGGACGCAUCGGGGCGCUGCUGUGGUACCAAGGGGAGAGCGACACCGUCAGGUGGUCUGACGCCACCGAGUACGGCCGACGGAUGGCCAUGCUCGUCCGCGAUCUCCGCGCUGAUCUCGGCAUCCCGCACCUCCUCGUCAUCCAGGUAGGGUUAGCAUCAGGCCUAGGACAGUAUACUCAAGUCGUAAGGGAUGCUCAGAAAGGGAUCAAACUUCGCAACGUCAGAUUCGUUGAUGCAAUGGGAUUGCCAUUGCAAGACGGCCAUCUGCAUCUAAGCACCCAAGCUCAAGUCCAGCUUGGACAUAUGCUGGCUCAGUCCUAUUUGAAUUAUGGUACAUCCCAGCUCUAGUUCUCUAUCUACUUCUUUCUUCGCAAAAUAAGAUAGAAGCUCUGAAACUUUUGCUCCCACCUCUAAUCAAUUAAUUCCUAUUUGGACGAUUCAUUGAGUACCCAUUCUUAUAAUAUUAUUGUAUCAAAUCAAAUUGUUAUAGACUUACAGAGCUAGCUCAGUGCAAUAUCUUCAUCAUCACAACUCAGAACCAUCAUUGUCUUACACUUUUAGUUCUUGGUAAUGAUACCAUGAUAAUCAUUACGCUCUGGAAAACCUGGAGGUAUGCAAUGGAAAAUAAUCUAGUUCAUGGAA